ACGAGCACCGGCUCGCUGCCUCAUCUCCGCUGCUGUUAAACACACCGUCGUGGGGGAGGAAAAAGAAAACAAAUCCCGUGUGUUUAUGUUACAGCCGACUGUUUAGAAUGUGAUACAAUGCUCCGGCGGUCUGAGAGUCAAACACCAGCUCUUUUGGUGAGGAGGGAGACGUCGUAGUGUUGCAGACGUCAUUGCAUUGGAAGCAGAAAAGCUUGCUGAGUGGAGUUCACAGCAGACAGACCCUGCCAGCAGCCACCUCUCCUUUCUUGGCUCCUGCAAGAGCCGCUUCUUGCUCCACAACCAAAUGACUGCCUCCCCGGGAGCAGCGCUCGCAAAGGACUCCACCUGUAACUCCUGUGCACCGUACUGGGCUCCAGUAGCCCACCCAUGCCUGUGAUCCCCAUCCCACGGCGGGUGCGCAGCUUCCAUGGCCCCCACACCACCUGCAUGCACUCGGCCUGCGGGUCGACGCACGCUUCCAAGCUAGUGCGCACCAAGUACAAUAACUUUGACCUGUACCUGCGCUCACGCUGCAUGUACAGCUUCCUCCGUUUCCUCCUGUACUUCGGCUGCAGUCUGCUGACCUCUCUGCUCUGGGUGGCGCUCUCUGCUCUCUUCUUCCUGCAGUACGUCAGCGUGCGCGUCCUCCUGCGGCUGCAGUACAAGCUGUCUGUCAUCCUGCUGCUGUUAGGGCACAGGCGCCUGGACUUCGGGGUGCUGAACGACCUGAUCAUCUACAGCAUGCAGAUCACCAUGUUUCUGGUGGGGGGGCUCGGCUGGUGCUUCAUGGUGUUCGUGGACAUGUAGCUGUGGGAAGCGUACUGUGUGAUGUGGAUGCUUCACACUGUAAAUUCAGCGUUGUGUGUCGCUAUGGGACAGCAUACUCUCUGUGUCGCUCUCGCCUCUGGUCAAAAAACUUACCGCUUUAGUGUCAGAUAUGGUAGAAUCCAAUAAGAAUCACAUCUGUGUGUACAGUCCUUUAAAGUUGUUGGUCCUGUAUAACUCGGCACAAAACCACCUGUUUCCUGAAUAUUAAAAAUGAUGCAUGAAGUCCAGAUUUGAGUCUUCAGGACUCUCCAUUUGUAACCAGUUUUCAUAGAUUUUAAAGGGCAUCUUGACUAGAAAUUCAUUUGUUUACAGUAGAGGAAAAUGUGAAUGUUAAAGUCAGCGUGACCGAGCACAUGACUGAUGUGCAUCGUGGCCGUGUGAUGCAAGACAGUCAUUUGUGCCAAAACACGAGUCGGGCUCCAAACGCAAAAGUGCACCCUGAGGUCGACAUUAUUUCGAUAAUGUCGUGUGUGAACACAGCAUCAUGUAAGCAUACAUGUACCACAGAGGUGAAGCUGAUGUACAGUAACCUAUGGUGGGUAAAUUCUCCAAAAACAAGUUGUCAACAGUGUGUGUGUGAUGUGCUUUUGUGGGCCAGAAUAGGAGAAACUGACAAACUGUAAGUGACAAACAGCUUUUUUUUUUGUAAAGUUAUUAAAUAAAUUUUCUGUUGAUGAAAUGUUUCCGCUA